GUCGGAUGCUUGAGAGAAGUAAACCGCUGCGUCAACUGGCUGGAUCGAGGGGGGGCAGGCCUGUUCAACGCUGCUUACAGUUUCAGUUGAGGAUGAUUUAGAUUUGGUGGAAACAUCACAGACGAGAGCAGCAGCUAUGAGUGUAACUGCAGCAACAAGUGGAUUUGUUGUCCUUCUUCUCACUGUGACAGUGGUACAGUGUGAGAAUGGCUGGGAUUUGAGUUACACUUCUACUGAGAUCUGUGCCCUCAGAGGAUCAACUGUGGACAUUACCUGUACCUACACAUACCCAUCCACAUUAAAUAACCUUGAUACAGUUCAGGAAACCUUCUGGUUCAUUCAAGAGAGUAAUGGGAUUUACGUUGAUCUAAGGACUGAUCCGGAGUAUGCAGGUCGAGUGGAGAAUCUCUGUGAAAACAACAAGUGCACUCUAAGAAUCAAUAACCUGACAGAGAGCGACUCAGCUGUGUACAAGUUCAGGUUAACAACAAACCAACCUACUGGGAGUUUAACUGGUUCAGCUGGAGUCACUCUGUCGGUCACAGAUUUGCAUGUGCAGGUGAACAGAUCAGUGCAGGAUAGCAAUUAUUACCAUCCUCGUUACAUGAAAGCAGAGCUCAGGUGUCAGAGCAGUUGUCGUCUUCCUGAUCAUUUGAACUACGUCUGGUACAAGAAUCAACAGAAGGUGAUUGGAAGAGCCUCUUAUUUUGAUAUUGUUCGACGUCCAUACAGAGUUUCCUGUGCUGUUGAAGGACACGAGGAUUUCUGCUCUCGAUCAAUCUUGGUAGGGAGUCCACAUGACUGGAGUGUGAGUUGCACUUCUACUAAGAUCUGUGCAUUCAGAGGAUCAACAGUGGACAUUAACUGUACCUACACAUACCCAUCCAGGUUCCAAUACUAUGAAACUACAGUUCGGGAAACUUCCUGGUUCAUUCAAGAGAGUAAUGGGAUUUACGUUAAUCUAAGCACUGUUCCGGAGUAUUCAGGUCGUGUGGAGAAUCUCUGUGGAAACAACAAGUGCACUCUGAGAAUCUCUAACCUGACAGAGAGCGACUCAACUGUAUACGAGUUCAGGUUCAGAGGAUUCCAACCUGGAAUGGGUUAUUCUAGGGAUUCUAAAGUCACUCUGUCUGUCACAGACCCUCAGCUCCAGGUACAUGUGAGGAGAUCAACAGCCAAUCCUUCUCCUACCUGGAUAGAGCUGACCUGUCACAGCAGGUGUCAGCUCCCUGAUCAUCUUUCCUACGUUUGGUACAAUAACAAAAAACCUGUUGGACGAAAAAGAUACUUUCACCUCCAACACCUUGAUGCUGAAGACAGCUAUCACUGUGCUAUAGAAGGACAUAGUUUCCCUUCUGCUACAUUGGACUAUCCUUCAGAUGCUCCAAAGGUUCCCACUGUGUCAGUGAGUCCCUCUGGUGAGCUCAUGGAGGGAAGCUCAGUGAAUCUGACCUGCAGCAGUGAGGCUAACCCAGCAGCUAAAUACACCUGGUACAAGAGAAGUGGAGAUACACGAGUUCAACCUCUCAGUGAAGAGUCACAAUUUGUCCUCAGCUCCAUCCGGUCAUCAGACUCUGGAGAGUAUUACUGCACAGCUGAGAAUGAGCUGGGAAGGAAUUCAGCAAACAUCUUUAUUACUGUGACAUGGAAGUCAGUGAUAGUCCUGAAUAUCAUCAGGGUGACUCUGGUGGUCCUGCUGGUUCCAGUGCUUGUCUGGACUCUGUGGUCGAGGAUGAAGAAAACUCUGAGCUUGAAAUCAGAAGCGAAUGAAGCUGUGGAGAUGAUGGAGUUAGACAACUGUCCUGAGUAUGAGAACGACGCUGCUGCAGCACGGACAGAAGACACAGAGGAGCAGGAAGACCUGGUGUGAAGCAUCAGGUGCACCGUGAUUGGUUGAUGAAAGUAUGUGAGAGGGAACAGGAAGUAUCUAUUUCUCCGUCCCCGGCUGCAGCAGCAGCGGUUUGUACAGCAUGACCUUUAGAGCAAGAGAUUUGUUGUGUUGUGUCUUUUCUCUUUCUUUUCUGAUGGGUCCAGUCGUCCAGUUUCCAGAGCUUUAUUUCUGUUAGCUUUAUUUCUGAUGUUGUUUUAGGUUGAAGGAAGAUUCUCAGAUCUUACAACCCUUUCGGUGUGUUGGGUUUUCCUUCUUUUGUCCAUUUUGCCGUCCUGUUGUUAAAGUUGUUUAUUGUAGAUUUUUCUUUUUUCUGUUACCCCCUGAACAAUGUUGGACGUCUUGGUGACUCAUCUUGUGUCUUAUACAUGAUAUUAAUGUGGUUAUUACAUGGAUAAUGAAUUAUUAUGUAUCGUGAUUUUAUGAUUCUUUCUUAAAUAAAAUCUGACCCAUCUGGUGGCAAUAAUC